GCGGCUCUGGAGUGAGUAGGGCUUUAUUCUGUGAGCCUUGGAGCCAGGCUCCUAUGGAACUUCGGUGGUCAUGGUGGAUUGCCGGCCCAACAAGAACCUAGUCAUGGGCAGCCUGGUGUCUCGGAAGCCUGUGGCAGGCUGUCCUGGGCAUUCACUCCAGGCAGCCCAUGGAAAAACCACUUUCUGGUUAAGACUGCCUCAUUCUGUUCCAUCAAUGGAAAAAAUUGAACAUGAUGAGGGCGUGUAGCGAGCGAGCGAGCAGACAGAAAUACAUCCAGCAUUGCACACGAUCCGUUUUUAGCUCUCAACGGCUGAGCAGUUGAAGUGUUAGGCACCGUUUCCUGGCUCAGCAGGGCAGAAGGAAGACAGACCAUGGCUCCUAGCUGGGUGGACGCUCCUGGGAACAACUGGCCACAGCCGCAGCUCUGACCAAGGAUCACUUCAUGGACUCACACCCCCAUGUUGGUCAAGUGCCUGCAUUGUUCCCAAGACCAAGGAAGACCUGCUGAGCGUUAACCUCCCUCCCAGCAGAAGCCAGGCUGCAGGUUCUUUAGGUUAAAAUGGGGAACUCUGAGAGUCAGUAUACCUUCCAAGGAUCCAAGAAUCAUAGCAAUACUGUCACUGGUGCUAAACAAAAGCCUUGCUCUCUGAAAAUACGCAGCAUUCAUACAAAAGAUGAGAAGUCUUUGCAUGGAUGGACUCACGGAAGCAGCGGAGCAAGCUACCGGUCCAGGUCCCUCGCCCGAAGCUGCCUUUCUCACUUCAAGAGCCACCAGCCUUACGCCACCAGACUCAGUGGACCCACGUGCAAAGUCUCAAAGGGCGCUGCCCACUCUAAGCACAGAGCGAAUGCCCCAGGAAGUGAUUUCCAGGGCAACAAUGGUGCUUUCUUACCCGAGAAUGGCUUCCACUAUGUUGGCCACGAGUCGGGGGAGAGCCACGUGACCUCCAGGGACUGCAAUGGGCACCUUCUCACCUGCUACAGGAGAAACGAGAGCAUCGCCUCCACCCCACCAGGCGAGGACCGCAGGAGCCCCAGGGUACUCAUCAAGACACUGGGGAAGCUGGACGGGUGUUUAAGGGUUGAGUUCCAUAACGGGGGCAACCCCCACAAAGGGCCCUCGGAGAACCCCAGUGGACCUGUACAGCUGCUGAGAUACUCCCCUACGUUGGAAACCUGCUUGGUGCCAGAAGCUAGGCGGGAUUCGGGUGCCGACUCCCCAGCCAGGCAGCGCCCCUCUCCCACUGACUCUCGCCUGCGCUCCAGCAAAGGCAGCUCCCUGAGCUCGGAGUCAUCUUGGUAUGACUCCCCGUGGGGCAAUGCCGGGGAGAUGAGUGAGGUAGAGGGCUCCUUCCUGGCCCCCAGCACUCCGGACCCCAGCCUCCCCACCGGCUUCCCACCCAGUGACACCAAAAAAACUUUCAACCAAAGCUCCUCCCUCUCCUCCCUCCGGGAACUGUACAAAGACGCCAACCUGGGAUGCCGCUCUCCGUCUGGAACCUGCCGCUCUUCCGAUGAGUACAUCGGCUCCCAAGUCAGCCUCAGCAACCGCGUCUCCUUUGCGUCUGACAUUGAUGUGCCCUCCAGGGUGGAUCACAGGGAUCCCACACCCUACAGUUCCUUUACUCUCCCCUGUCGAAAGUCCAAAGCCUUAACUGAGGAUGCUGCAAAGAAAGAUACCCUCAAAGCCAGAAUGCGACGCAUCAGCGACUGGACAGGAAGCCUCUCUAGGAAGAAGAGGAAACUACAGGAACCGCGGUCCAAGGAGGGCAGUGAGUACUUCGACAGCCGCUCAGAUGGACUGAAUGCAGACAUGCAGGGGCCCACGCAAACAUCUGCCUUACUGUGGUCAGGGGGCUCAGCUCAGACCCUGCCCCAGAGAAGCGAGUCCACUCACGUGAUUGGCAGCGAUCCCCUCCGUCAGAACAUUUACGAGAACUUCAUGCGCGAGCUGGAAAUGAGCAGGACCAACAUGGAGCACGCGGAAACGUCCACAGAAACUGUGGAGUCCAGCAGCGAGUCCCUCAGCUCCCUGGAGCAGCUGGAUCUGCUCUUUGAGAAGGAGCAAGGAGUGGUCCGGAAAGCCGGGUGGCUCUUCUUCAAACCCCUUGUCACCUUGCAGAAGGAGAGGAAAUUGGAGCUGGUGGCUCGGAGGAAGUGGAAGCAGUACUGGGUGACGCUGAAAGGCUGUACUCUGCUGUUUUAUGAGACGUACGGAAAGAAUUCCACAGACCAGAACAGCGCCCCACGGUGUGCCCUCUUCGCAGAGGACAGCAUCGUGCAGUCUGUCCCAGAGCAUCCCAAGAAGGAGCACGUGUUCUGCCUGAGCAACUCCUGUGGGGAUGUCUACCUUUUCCAGGCCACAAGCCAGACAGAUCUGGAAAACUGGGUCACCGCCAUUCACUCGGCAUGCGCGUCUCUUUUCGCAAAGAAGCAUGGGAAAGAAGACACGGUGAGGCUGCUAAAGAGCCAGACCAGGAGCCUGCUUCAGAAGAUCGACAUGGACAGCAAGAUGAAGAAGAUGGCGGAGCUGCAGCUGUCCGUGGUGAGCGACCCCAAGAACAGGAAGGCCAUCGAGAACCAGAUCCAGCAAUGGGAGCAGAAUCUGGAAAAAUUCCACAUGGACCUGUUCCGCAUGCGCUGCUACUUGGCGAGCUUACAAGGUGGGGAGUUGCCGAACCCCAAGAGUCUCCUUGCUGCCACCAGCCGUCCGUCCAAGCUGGCUCUGGGCAGACUGGGUGUCCUGUCUGUUUCGUCUUUCCAUGCCCUGGUGUGUUCUAGAGAUGACUCUGCUCUCAGGAAAAGAACACUCUCCCUUUCCCAGAGAGGGAAAAGCAAGAAAGGCAUAUUUUCCUCCUUGAAAGGGCUGGACACCCUGGCAAGAAAAGGGAAGGAGAAGAGGGCUUCCAUAACUCAGAUGUUUGAUUCGAGCAGCGGCCAUGGAUUUCCUGGAACUCAGCUACCUCAAAACUCCACUAACUCCAGUGAGGUCCAUGAGCUGCAUCUGUACGGCUCCACAGUAGACAGCGCUCUCCGAGACAACGCAUGGGAAAUCCAGAUGUACGUUCACUUCCAGGAUAAUGAGGGAGUUACUGUGGUCAUCAAGCCCGAGCACAGAGUGGAAGAUGUACUGACAUUGGCAUGCAAGAUGAGAGAGUUGGAGCCCACUCACUACGGUCUUCAGCUUCGAAAAGUGGUGGAUGGAAGUGUCGAGUGGCAUGUGCCUGCACUGUAUGAAUACAUGCAAGAGCAGGUUUAUGAUGAAAUUGAAAUUUUUCCCCUCAAUGUGUACGAUGUGCAGCUAACCAAGACUGGGAACAUGACUGACUUCGGGUUUGCAGUCACAGCUCAGGUGGACGGGCACCAGCAUCUUAGCCGGAUAUUUAUAAGUGAUGUUCUCCCUGACAGUCUGGCAUAUGGAGGAGGGCUGAGAAAGGGUAACGAAAUCACAACCUUAAACGGGGAAGCUGUGUCUGACCUUGACAUCAAGCAGAUGGAGGCCCUGUUUUCUGAGAAGAGUGUCGGACUUAAACUGAUCGCCUGGCCUGUGGACACAAGAAGAACCCUGUGCACUUCCUGGUCAGACAGUGACCUGUCCUCCAGGGACCGGAGAGGUCUGCCACCCUCUCCCAACCAGUCCCAGCUGCUGGAGGAAUUCCUGGAUAACUUUAAAAAAACAUCCACUAACGAUUUCAGCAAUGUCCCUGACAUCACAACAGGCCUGAAAAGGAGUCAGACAGAUGGUACUCUGGAUCAGGUGCCCCACAGGGAGAAGACGGAGCAGACAUUUCGGAGCGCUGAACAGAUUGUUGAACUCUGCAGGGGAUUCACCAGCGCCCACACCAACGGCAUGGAAGCGACGAUGGAGAGCCAGGACCCACCUUCCAGGCCUCUGGCUCGCCACCUCUCAGAUGCAGACCGCCUCCGAAAAGUUAUCCAGGAGCUCGUAGACACGGAGAAGUCUUACGUGAAGGAUCUGAGCUGCCUCUUUGAACUCUACUUGGAGCCACUCCAGAAUGAGACUUUCCUUACCCAGGAUGAGAUGGAGUCACUAUUUGGGAGCUUGCCAGAGAUGCUGGAGUUUCAGAAAGUGUUCCUGGAGACUCUGGAGGACGGAAUCUCUGCUUCCUCGGACUUCAAUGUCCUGGAAACCCCCUCCCAGUUUCGAAAGUUGCUCUUUUCCCUUGGAGGCUCCUUCCUCUAUUACGCCGACCACUUUAAACUGUACAGUGGAUUCUGUGCCAACCACAUUAAAGUCCAGAAGGUUCUAGAGCGAGCUAAAACCGAUAAGGCCUUCAAGGCUUUUCUGGAUGCCCGGAAUCCCACCAAGCAGCAUUCCUCUACGCUGGAGUCUUACCUCAUCAAGCCUGUUCAGAGAGUGCUCAAGUACCCCCUGCUCCUCAAGGAGCUCGUGUCCCUGACGGACCAUGAGAGUGAGGAACACUAUCACCUGACAGAAGCACUAAAGGCCAUGGAGAAAGUAGCCAGCCACAUCAACGAGAUGCAGAAGAUCUAUGAGGAUUACGGGACAGUGUUUGACCAGCUCGUGGCAGAGCAGAGCGGCACGGAGAAGGAGGUGACAGAGCUGUCCAUGGGGGAACUUCUGAUGCAUUCCACGGUUUCCUGGCUGAAUCCGUUCCUCUCUUUAGGAAAAGUCAGGAAGGACAUUGAACUCACAGUAUUUGUUUUUAAGAGAGCUGUCAUAUUGGUUUAUAAAGAAAACUGCAAACUGAAAAAGAAACCGCCCUCAAAUUCCCGGCCUGCCCACAACUCUGCUGACUUGGACCCCUUUAAGUUUCGAUGGUUGAUCCCCAUAUCUGCGCUUCAAGUGAGACUGGGGAACACAGCAGGGACUGAAAACAACUCCCUAUGGGAGCUGAUUCACACCAAGUCAGAAGUGGAAGGACGGCCGGAAACCAUCUUCCAGCUGUGCUGCAGUGACAGCGAGAGCAAAACUAGCAUUGUUAAGGUGAUCCGUUCUAUUCUGAGAGAGAACUUCAGGCGCCACAUAAAGUGCGAGUUACCGCUGGAGAAGACGUGUAAGGAUCGUCUGGUACCUCUUAAGAACAGAGUUCCCGUUUCGGCCAAAUUAGCUUCCUCCAGGUCUCUGAAGGUCCUCAGGACAUCCUCCAGCAGCGAGUGGCCCAGUGAGCCCAGCAAGGGCAACUCACUGGACUCGGAUGAGUGUAGCCUGAGCAGCGGCACCCAGAGCAGCGGCUGCCCAGUCGCCGAGAACAGGCAAGACUGCAAGAGCACCGUGCCGGAGAGAGACCCUCCGGAGAGCCUGGAGGAGUUUCCAGACGGUCUCAUCAAAGAAAGCGACAUUCUGAGUGAUGACGACGAGGACUUCCACCAGCCUCUGAAACAGGGCAGCCCGACUAAGGACAUCGAGCUUCAGUUUCAGAGACUGAGGAUCUCUGAGGAACCCGACAUGCAGCAGCCUACCACAGGACCAGGCGAGCAGCCCCGGCUGGUCAGGGGCCACUUCUGCCCCAUUAAACGAAAAGCCAACAGCACCAAGAGGGGCAGAGGAACUCUGCUCAAGACGCAGACUCGUCACCAGUCCCUUGACAGCCACCCUGAGGCUGCCAGCCUCGAUCUCAAUUUGGUUCUGGAGCGCGAAUUCAGUGUCCAGAGUUUAACUUCCGUCGUUAACGAGGAGUGUUUUUAUGAAGCACAGAGCCAUGGCAAAUCAUAGGACCUGUGUGGAGGGUGACAAUGCUCGUUAGGAUUUAAACUGGUGGGAAAACAGAAACUGCAGGAAACCAUCUGUGUUUGGGUUUUAUGCAGUACAUAUUUUCCCACAACACUCGUUGUAAAGAUUUAAGUUAUUUUAAUUUAUUGUGGAUCAGGAAACUAGAGAUUAAGUUGGUUAGAAUCUGUAAAUUACUUAGCUUAUAUCCCUUUUGAGCAGGAAUCAAAUGAUGUAGUCUUGUAAUAAAACUGAAUUCUAAUUAUUUUAAGUUAUGUGGGAAAAGUAAGAUUGGGAAGUUGUGAUUAAUAGCUUUUAAAAGGGUCCCUUCUUCAAUCCUCUGGGCAUUUUCUUUGAGCUGUUAGUUUUUUGCUUUAUUUAAAGCAUAUCUAAGUUAUCUUCAUGUGGUUUUAGGGGCACAAUGUGCAGAUACUUCAUUUUUGCAGGUUGUAAUAAAUGCUGUUUAUACUAAACAUGUCGUAUCUAUGCAGUGUAUAUAUAUACAUAUUAAAGGAAAGCUUGGACUGUA